AUUAUCGAGUAUUGGUGAACAAUAAGGUAAUUAACGAAAAUGUUUAACAGUUGCUCUGAUAUCUUGCCGGCACGAUUACCAAACGCAAACGAGGUCGAGGCGAAUCAACACGCAAAACUUUUGUACAGCAAUGAAAGUAAACUUGACGAGCAAAGCAAUACCAUAUAUGGGUGCUUUUUGUACUGGUUUUACUAGCACAACAACCGCGUAACCAAAUCUCGAUUUUUGUAUUGCAUUAUUAUAGUAAACAAAACUAAUAUUAAUUAAAAAUUUAUACACGUUUGCAUUGUACACAUGUGUAUCGUUUUUAUAGUAUUGUUAGUGAUGUUAUUGAUUAAACAAGUGUUUCAAAAUGGCCGAGAAACUUAAUAGAAAAUUCCAAAAUUAUGUUCAAAAAGAUGGAGUCAUCAAGGAAGUUGUGAGUAUGUAUAAGAAGCUAGAGGACAGGGGACAAUGGAACUAUUAUGAUUUAAACAAGAUGUGUUUGGAAGUUGCCCUGAAUGAAGGUAUAAGCGAAAAUGAAUAUAGGAAUCUUAUACGUGAUACAAAAACUGAAAAUAAAUCUGAUUUUAUUAACUGGAAACUUACUACAAGAAAGGAUUGUCCAAAAACAACAGCAGGUGAGGUAGGUUGGAGGCAUCAACCAGGGAAUCACAACUUGGAACUUUAUGGACCUCUGUACAAGUCUCCUAAAUUAACGAUGGUGCCCCUUUAUGAACCUGUUAACGUAAUCUUUCUUGGCUAAUGUCUUUGCUAAGAAUUUAAACAAUUGUAAAAAUGGUCUUAAAUUUCGUCAAACGCUGAUGCGGUUCAUGAAUAUUUGAAUAUUUGUGGGAACAUUUUGAUCCAAUACUCGAUCAAAACGUACUUCGCAAUAAGCCCCGUCACGACAUAAAUGGAUAACAAAGAAAAUUUGUUGGCCGGCCGCUAUAUUCAUCAAAACUACACUGAAAUUCGGAAGAGAAAUGGGCUUAAGUAGAAAAUAUUAUAAAGAUAGAACGAUAAAACAAACAUAGUGAUUAAAUAAUAACAGUAUAGUAGUUUAUUAUUGGCGAUAUUCAAGAAUUUUUGUACUAUUUUGUUCCGAAUGUAUUCUGCUUGAAGCCAGGUGGUAAUUGCUCCAGGAAUGACAAAGGACUCACCUCAACCGCCACCAAUUCAUUAUCAGACAAUACACCUAAAUGAAGAAGAUGCUAAAAAGUAAAGUCACAAGGAAACAUUAAAAUUAAAGCAAAUUUCGAAAUAGUAGAAGGUUACCUUAUACUUUUUAAUAGCAUUUAUAGAUAAUAUCGGGUCUUCUUUAUCCACGUUGACCACUUUCGCACGUUUUGGGGUAUUUGGCGCAGCUUUCUAGAAUAAAAUAACAUUAAUCACAGAUAUUAACCAAAGUAAUGCUUCGGAAUAACACCCACUUUCUUUCUGUUAAUUAUUUGAAUAUUACUAUCAUCAUGUAACAGAACUGUAUCAUUUGGUGGGCAAUGUAGAAUGUUACGAAUUGCAAAGUUUUUCGUAAAUAAUUUAUUAUUUUUGUCCUGUACUUCGGCCGAAAAUUCGGCAAGUUUACAAGACGCCAAGUUAAACUCUGAUAUCUAAAAUAAAAAUAAUUUAGUAUUCGUCAUGCAAAUGCAUUAAUAACGUUUUCACUCACUUUAUGAUCGGCAUAUGCAAUCAAUAAAUUCAUUGAAUUAGCUUGCACACUAAUUGCUGUUGGACUACACGAAUGUCUUGGCAGUUUGAAAUAGAAUUCCCAAGGUUUGUAAUUUGAGCUUGUUCUUUUCCAAACAGCAAUGUUUGAUUCAGGAUCAGUGGCAAUUAAAUAUUGGCCGCAUGGUGAAAACCUUAAGAAUGUAAUUGUGUCGUGAAUAUCUGAAAAAUAUGUAAAAAAUAAAAACUGCUGACAACUCAAAGAA